AUGAGUGGCUCUUUUGUUAGCGUGCCGCCGCGAUUAUUCCGUCUUCUUGGUGGUGAAAGCAUUAUUAUUCGGCGCUUAGCGGAUCGUAGUAUAUCUGGCGUUGAGUGGGGUGAGGUCCGCAAGCAACUUCUGGCUAGUAACGCCCAACUCGUACCCGGAGUUUUUGAUGUGGCCAAUGAUCCGUCGACCUCUGAGAUAUUUCUUGCUAUAAAAGACAUGAACUCCGCAGAAUCCCGUAUUAUAGGCUUUGCUGUUGCCAACACUAGUUUUAUUCCAGAGAGACGAGUUGUUAUUGUUUCUUGGAUUUAUGUCCAGAGUCGCUUUAGGGGGUUGUACGUAGGCCGUUCCUUGCUACAGUAUGUGGAAUCGUUCUGCCGAGAAAAUGACGUGAAGGAAAUGGAGGCGAUGCGUGCAGAUGACUGUACAGGACUGUUUAAGCAGUACGGUUUUUGCUCCGUGUGCAACUCUGCCGUGUUCAAGGGCAAGGCAAUGCAAAAGAAUGUCCCGCGGCACUGUGUGGCACCCGUACCUCCAUGCGUGGCCUCUGGCGCCGUGAGACUCCGCUACGCCAAGCCGGAAGACAAGAAACAGUGGACGUUUUGCAUGUUGGAGGCGUGUGGGUACAACUUUGGUGGGUGUGACAUGGUGCAGCGCGUUCUUGGGGGUGACCUCCGCAUCAGUGCGUUGGAUGGGAAAGACAGUCGCAUUGUGGCAGUCCUGUCAAUGGAGAGUAGCGGGUGGAUCUCAUUUGUCUCAUGUGUGAAGGAGUAUCGCGGGAAGGGACUAGGGUCGUUUCUGCUGUCCUUGGCCAUGGAAUGGCUGCGGCGACGGGGCGGCAACUCCGUCUCGCUGACGCCCCUCAACAAGGGCGUCAUUGCCUUUUACAGGCGCUGGUCCUUCCGCGUAGAGUCAGCCGUUGGUGAGAAGAGACGACGAAGUUCUGACAGCCACACGAUUCUCACACGAAUGUUGUCUCCGAAGGAGUCAUGUCUGCCGGAUGGGUAUUCGCUCGAGGACUUCCUUUCACCUGAAACCCCACCGCAUAAAGAGAGUGAUAAGCACGAGAGUGGCGACUCCAAUGAUGCCACAGCGGCUGUUAACCAACAGAUUGCUGUGUAA